AUGGGCGAGCACGCUUGGUACACCGGAGAAGAUGGUGAGAAGAAGGGUUCUGGGCUAAGAGGUGUCGCCUAUUACAAAGGAACUCUUGUUGCGCUGAAAGAACUGACUUUCUCACGUAAACCUCGCGAACUGACUAGACAGGCUAAGAUAGAAAUGAGGGUUAUGCGACAACUAACCCAUCCCAAUAUCAACACUUUCAUGGGUAUCAUCGUUUGUCCCUACUCGAUAUGCAUUGUCCGUGAAUUCUGUGCUAAGGGCUCCUUGAUGGAUAUUUUGCAAAAUCGCGAGUUCAAACUUGAUCAUCUGUAUAUAGCAUCAUUCGUGGAAGACCUUAUCAAUGGAAUGGUGUACAUACAUGACUCAGAGCUCAAAGUGCAUGGGAAUUUGAAAUCGACGAACUGCUUGAUAACCUCGCGUUGGGCUCUUCAAAUUGCAGAUUUUGGACAUCAUGAAAUUCGUGAAGGAAGGCAAUGGGAGAGCGAAGAGGCUAGGGUUGGGUCACUCACUUUGAGCCACAUCUUGUUCACUUAUUGA